AUGGCGGUGCCACAUUCGUAUCACGCCAACGGUACGCACAGGGAUGUCCGUUACUGUCGUAGUCCUGCAGUACCGGAUCGGUACGCAUCCUUAUUGAAAGCGAGUAAUGAUAAUGAUACAAGUGGUGAUGUCCGAGAGGACCCUGAGGCCGCGCCCCCGAGGGCUUUUUUUGAUUUAUAUCGUACAAAUAGCGCGCUACUGAUCCCUGCUAUCAUCGCCAUCGUAGCGGUGAUCCAGGCUGUGGUGAUCACCUCCACUCUUUCCAUCUGCCAGUUUCUUCACGUGAGUCGGCGUCAACUCCUCGAAUUAUUUAUCGUCUCCAGCUGCUCUUCGCCAGGGCCGAAGUCUCGAAAUCUCCAAAUCGAACGAGCUGUCAAAAGAGCGUCGUACAUCGUGUCGAUGCGUGCGCGCUUGUUCACUUGUCUAACCCGCCACAACUGCCGCUGCUGUGGCUGCUACCUUUAUCGCGAUGACAACGGCCGUCACUGCAGUUGUUAUUGGCGCCGCUGUACCUGCCUGGGCCUGUAUCGUCGCCUGCGAGCAACUGGCGACAAAGAAAUUGAUCAGGCGCCAGCCAAGAGUCUUCAGUUCGCCCCGAUCAUUGAUUUAUUGGUGUCCCCAACGGCCAAUGAAUGAUGUAUUCUAGAUAACGGAGAGGAUGGAAACAGAAUGUCAAUUAACUUGACGGGACAGACAACUUACCCCGAUUUUCGGUGUGGAGCUUUCAGAUAUCGAUAUUGGCAAGGUCUAGUACGCUGCCCAAAUGUCGUUUAUUCGUUUCAAUGCGCUACUUGUAUUAUAGUUAAUUACAAAAAGCUGUAACAGCUAAUGUAGGUACGGGGGAGAAGUUCAAAGAAUCCCCAAUCGGUAGAAAAAUACCGCUACGUUAAAAUGCUUAUGCUUCUAUUAUAGGAUAUGAACAAGUGUAUGCAUCCAUCCCAUAUUUAGACGCGCAAUUAUAUUGUGUGAACGGAGAUUGACCACUAAUACUGUUAAACAUUCGUAAUAUUAUGAGAAAAUUCAUUGAGGAAAAGGAAAUUUCGCAGGUUGAGUAAUGAAAUGUAAAUUUCAUUAUAUUUUCGUUUCAAUGAAUGGCCCUUCUUAAAAUCAUAGUGUACAUCGCUGUAUUCUGCCGUUGGGUACGGACA